AAUUGCAACCAAAGCUUACAGUCCACUACAAAAAUGUCAUUUAAGAGGGAUGGCGACGAUACCAACCAACUAGGGGUGUUGAGAAAAAGACGAGUAAAGGAGUUGUUUGCAGAAGACAUUCCAGAGGACGAGGCUUUACUAACAAGUAAUGGAAGGUUUGCUUGCCUUGUGUGUACCUACAGACCAGUGUUUGAUACUGUGAUAAUGCUGUCACAGCAUCGCAAAGGAAAGAAACACGAGGCUUAUAUGGAACAGUUUCAAGAAAAGAAAGAUGAGCUAGAAAUGCUUAUAAAGCAGAGAAAACACGAACAGUACUUAAAAGAUGGAACUACAAAUAUCAAACAGGCAACAAUAUCACACAAAGGACUAGGUUGUGGACACAAGUAUGACCCCAGAGUGAAGAAAAAGUUUCAUUCCCGAAAAACAAGGGUAAGCCUGGGGGAAUCCAGCAAUGACAGUGUGUCAAGCCAGUGUGAAUUUCCAAUGGCUACAGACAUAUCUUCACUCCCAGGAGAAAGAGUUUCAUCAAAUUCAUCUCCAGUUGUAUCUGGAAUACUGAAGAAAGAUGUUUCAGCUAAUGAUACAAGUAUGAAAAAUGAAGACAGUAUAGGAGCUAAUGUUUCUGAUCAGUUCAAAAGCAACAAAAACUUCAGGGAACAUUUUCUUGGCCAGAAAGGACCCUUUCUCCAUGAAAAACAACUAAAAAAUAUUUUCUCAGUGCCAAAAUCAAACCACUUUAACCCUGUGCCAUACAAAAGGAAAGCAACAGAAAAUUCUGAAUGUGACACUGGGAUGGUGAAUUGUGCUAAACAGUGUAGAGGCAAUGAGACUAAAAUAUCAGCAGGAACUGUAGUCCCUAAUCACACUCCAGAUAACUCUCAGCAAUCUUCAAAUACGUCCACAAACAACCUUAAAAUUGUAUCAAAAUCCAAAAAUAAAAAGACAGUACCACAAAGAAGUGAAGAGGAUGAAAGGAAACUAAGAGAAAAACAGAAGUUAGCAGACAAAUACCUGUAUUACAGAGGAGGAGGAUGGAAGAAGAAUUGGAAAGGGGAGUGGGUCAAAGAUGAAGAUGUGGAAUUUGAUUCUGAUGAAGAACCUCCAGAUCUGCCAUAAACUGACAUUAUUAACAAUAUAUUUAGUAUUGAUAACGCAACAGAAGAUUAAAUGAAUUCAUUAGA